GGCUGUAGGGAGCCUUUGCUAUCCGCCUUUCCUAAGAUUGCUGGAGAAAUCCAUCUGUAUGCAGUUCCCGUCGCUUCCGUGGGUCGCAGUAUCCUGCAGUUUUCUUCAGAAAUUUAGGAACUGUACGCGAUGGAUGAAUGCUAAAAACAUCGUUUCUUUUUAACUUUUCCUAUGUGUUUCUUCUCUAUGCAUUGAUAAAAGCACUUUAAACGCUAUCAGGUCUCAGGAAAGCAGCGCUUUACAACCACAUCAUCUUUUCGUGACGAGAAACCCCAUCAUGAGCGUGCUGCCCCCCGUGAGAAAAGACCGAAUAAUCGGACAGCUUCCUAAGUGCUUCAACAGAGGUGCCGCUUUGCACACGGAAAAUGAAUUUCACAGCAAGGUUAAGACGGCUUGUCAACAACAGAGAACAGGGACAGUGGGCAGGUUUAAAAUCUCCAAAGUCAUUGUAGUUGGCGAUCUGGCUGUAGGGAAAACCUGUUUAAUUAAUAGAUUUUGUAAAAAUGUGUUUGACAAGAAUUACAAGGCCACCAUUGGAGUGGACUUUGAGAUGGAGAGGUUUGAAGUUCUGGGGGUCCCGUUCAGCCUCCAGUUGUGGGACACUGCAGGUCAGGAGAGGUUUAAAUGCAUUGCCUCUACGUACUACAGAGGAGCUCAGGCGGUUAUCAUUGUGUUUGAUCUGACUGAUGUGGCAUCACUAGAGCACACAAGGCAAUGGUUGGAGGAUGCAAUGAAAGAGAACGACCCUACAAGUGUAUUACUCUUCCUGGUUGGCACAAAGAAAGAUCUGAGUUCAUCUGCCCAGUAUGAUCUAAUCGAACAGGAUGCAAUGAAACUGGCUGAUCAGAUGAAAGCAGAGUACUGGGCUGUAUCUUCUUUAACUGGUGAGAAUGUGAGAGAGUUUUUCUUUCGAGUGGCAUCUUUAACGUUUGAGGCGAACGUUAUGGCUGAACUGGAAAAAAGUGGCUCCAGACGUAUUGGGGAAGUUGUUAAAAUCAACAGUAACCCAAACAACUUAUAUACAACGUCCAAGAAGAAGCAGUCCAACUGUUGUCAGUAAAGAGUGAUCAUGUGGAAAUACUAAAAAUGCACUGAUCCAUAACGGUACCAAAGCAAAUCAUGCAUAUCUACAUGCACAGGGAGAAACAUGGUAGACAUAUUUCAACUAAAGGAACAUACAGUGAACAGUUUGGUUUAUUUUGAUUAAGGUGGGGCCGAUUCACUGCUGGAUGAAUGAAAACACAUUCACAUUCUUCAGCAUUUUCUUUAUCCAAGUGGUCUAUGCACAUUUUUGUUUUUGCAUUAAGUGUAUUUUCCUUUUAUUAGUGAUUUACAAAUAUAUUUUCUGUAUUUUGCAUUUUUGCCUAGUUUACAUUCAACAGCGAUUUUAAAAGGUACACAUGAGGAUUAUGCGUGAAUUGCACAAAAAAUAACAAACAUAUUUUUCUAUAUCAUAUAAAUCAUAUUGUUAAAAAGGGUAAUAAAAGUAUUCCUUCACCAUACAUUCCUUCAUAAAAUAUGCUGUAAGAACAUUAUAUAAGUAUUAGAAGUUUACAAAGCUGCAUGAAUAAUUUCUUGUGCUUGACAUUUUUAUUCUAAAUAAAAUGCUUUCACAA